AUGGCGACGAAUUCAACCUCUUUCAGCCCGGAAUACUUGGCCCAGUCCAAGACGGGAUUAGUUACAGCUUUUUAUUCGAUUCCAAUUGCACUCGAAGCAUUAAGCACAGGAUGGAGACUAUGGGCAGUGUCUUCAUCUCAAGGGCGACUUGGUUAUGAGGACUAUCUGAUGCUAUGGGCGACUUUAUGUUCUAUGGUCGAAUGUGCGUUGGGAUUGGUAUACGGACCGCCGUAUGGACUCGGACGCCAUAUACAAGCUGUUCCCGAACAUGAUGUAAAAAUGUUUCUCAAAGGCGACUACGUCUUCAGCCACUUCUACGACAUCGCCAUUGGCUUCACCAAACUCUCCGUAUUAGCCCUGUACUACCGCAUCUUCAUCACCCGCACAUUUCGAAAUCUCGUCAUCAGCACCGCCUGUUUUGUCUGCGCCUGGAUCAUCGUCAUGGAGGUUGUGCUGGGCUUUGGAUGUCGGCCCAUCCAGGCGUGGUGGGACGCAACUCGAGGGAAAUGCAUCAACAAGGAGGCCUUUACGUAUUUUACGAAUGUCACCAACAUGGCGACGGAUCUGUGGAUUUUCUCGAUGCCGAUCCCGGUGAUUCUGGGCCUUCAUGCGGCCAAGGAGCGGAGGAUAAUUCUGUGCUUCAUGUUUGGCAUUGGGGCGGCGACGUGUGCGAUUAGCGCGGCCAGACUGUCGUUUGUGUUUGGAGUUGCCUCUGCGGAUUUUACAUGGGACGAGGCUUCUCUGGGGAUCCUCUCAGCCUGGGAACCCUGCGGCGCCAUUCUCUGCGCAAAUCUCCCCCAAAUAUACCGCCAUCUGGUCAUCAUCAAGGACAAGAUCCAAAGCACCGUCAAAUCGGUGGCGCAUUCCAGGAGCGGCGCAACAGCAUCCAGCUCUGAACGGCGAGGCGGCGGGUACAAGGGGAGCUUGCAACACCACGACUGGGCGAAGAUCAACAACAGCGAUGGGCUAUCUGGAGGAACCGGAGGAGAGACUGUGACCGAGGUUGUUGCGCAGCCAACGACGAUGUCGGUCGAGUUGGGUGAGCUCAAGUCUGGAGGAAUCAUGGUGUCGAGGGCAUUUACACAGAGCAGCGCGCAUGAUUUAUUAUCAGUGGCGGAGGCGGAGCCUGGGGAUAAACCAAAAGACUGA